GAGAGAGAGAGAGAGGGAGGAAGAGGGCGGGAGCGCGAGAACCAGAGAGAAAGGAGAGGAGGGAGGAGGCGCGCUGCGCCAUGGUGUCCUGCGCGGGGCCAGGGCCAGGGCCAGGUCCCGGCCAGGCCGGGCCAUGAGCCGCGCCGGGAGCUGGGACAUGGACGGGCUGCGGACGGACGGUGGGGCCGCCGGGGCGGCUCCGGCCUCCUCUUCCUCCUCCUCAUCUGUGGCUGCGGCAGCGCCCGGCCAGUGUCGCGGCUUCCUCUCGGCGCCAGUGUUCGCUGGGACACACUCUGGGCGUGCGGCGGCGGCGGCGGCGGCGGCAGCUGCGGCGGCAGCGGCCGCCUCGGGUUUCGCAUACCCUGGGACAUCUGAGCGCGCGGGCUCCGCCUCAUCGUCGUCAUCUUCGGCUGUGGUCGCAGCGCGCCCGGAGGCUCCCUCCGCCAAAGAGUGCCCUGCCCCGGGCACGGCCGCUACAGCGCCCCCGGGCGCCCCAGCUCUGGGCUACGGCUACCACUUCGGUAACGGCUACUAUAGCUGCCGCAUGUCGCACGGUGUGGGCUUACAGCAAAAUGCUCUCAAGUCGUCGCCGCACUCCUCCCUGGGAGGCUUCCCGGUGGAGAAGUACAUGGACGUGUCGGGCUUGGCAAGCAGCAGUGUACCAGCAAAUGAGGUACCCGCUCGAGCCAAAGAGGUGUCCUUCUACCAGGGCUACACGAGCCCCUACCAGCACGUGCCUGGCUAUAUCGACAUGGUGUCUACCUUCGGCUCCGGGGAGCCUCGGCACGAGGCGUACAUCUCAAUGGAGGGCUACCAGUCCUGGACGCUGGCCAACGGGUGGAACAGCCAGGUGUACUGCGCCAAGGACCAGCCACAGGGCUCCCACUUUUGGAAAUCAUCCUUUCCAGGGGAUGUGGCUCUAAAUCAGCCAGACAUGUGUGUCUACCGUCGGGGGAGGAAGAAGAGGGUGCCCUACACCAAACUGCAGCUCAAAGAACUGGAGAACGAAUAUGCCAUUAACAAGUUCAUUAACAAGGACAAGAGGCGGCGGAUCUCGGCCGCCACAAACCUAUCUGAAAGACAAGUGACCAUUUGGUUUCAGAACCGAAGAGUGAAAGAUAAGAAAAUUGUCUCCAAGCUCAAAGAUACUGUCUCUUGAUGUGGACCAGCUUGGCCACAGAGCUGUUGAAAUGCUUUCCGUUGUCUCCAAAAGACCUUUGGAAAGACUUGAAUAUGUAUUUAAUUCUCCCCAUCCCCCAGCCAGUAAUGGCAAACUUUGUGAAUUGUUUUUCUCUCUUCCCCUUAUCUGGCUCUAAAACUUUUUGCUACCCCACCUGACUUUGUAGUUCUGUUUACUUGUUUAUUAUUGAUUUUUUUUCUUUUCUAGGUUUAUUUUUAUGAUGUUUUCCGUGUUCUGUUUCUCCCUCCAGGCCAGUAUAAAGGACUUGAAGUAUUUUUGAAUACCCCUGUCCCAUGAAUUUCAGAAAUGUCAUUCAUUUUCAUUUUAGGGUUUUAUUUUUUUAGUUACUUUAUAUGCCUGUUUCCAGCACUGAUUAUCUUCAUAAUCCAUUAAGACAGAGCGAUUUGCAGUCAUUCAUAUCCUGUGAUUAGGUAAUUGAAUCAUUAGCUCUCAGCAGUUGCCCCGAGGCAAGUGAAAACAGCUCUGGGCAGGCAGUACUCAAGAGUCACUGGAAAUGCUAAAAACAGGAGGCUAGAGGUACUGUUAUGGCUUUAAAAGCAGCUACCUUAUUAAAUAGGGUUUGUACUGGUAUUGAAAUGAAGACAAUCUUUCUGACUUCGAGUCUUUCACUUGCUGUUGUAUAUGUUUAACAUACCUUGUAGAUUUGUGCUUUUACAAUCUUUAAUUUGAAAAUAAUGUGUCCUCAUGGAUGCCUUCAUUACCCCAGCUCUAGAUGCAAAUACUUAAAUGGUUGCAAUUGUGAAUGGUAUAAAUCCACCCCCUCUCCUUGGCCUCCAGUCUGUGGAACUAAAAUUGAGGCCAUAUCUUCCAUCCCCUAAAAAAGUUCCCACCCAUGGCCACAUGGCCACACGGGUGGGAACUUUUAUCCAGAACCCAGUGAAGAACUUGACUGUCAGAACAAAUGAAUUGGGCCUUUCUUGAAGCUGUAAAACACCUAACAAAUGCAAAAAUUGUGGAGCUCUAAGGUCCAAGAAGAAAAAAAAUGUUUCUGAAAGUGAUAACUACUUUUAAAGUGCUGCAUAUUUAUACAACUGAGAGAUUAUUUUUGUAGAUGAAAUGUCUGUGAGCUGGGAUAUGUGAGCAGUGCUUCAGGCAUUUAAAAAUCACUUUUUACUCCUAGGGAGAUGCAAAUAAACAGAACUCUUUUAUUUCCUCUGAGUCUCUAUACAUUUGUUUUCUCUCCCAAGCUUGUGUUGACUCUAGAAACUGUUCUUAUUUAUUGUAAAAUCUUGUUAUCUGAAACAUUAUGCUGUUCCCUAUAUAUAAAGAAAACUCAACACUAUUUCUGGUCUCUGAAACCUCUAGGCUCUCCAUUUCUGCCACUCCUCCCCACUUUUCCAAGGCUUUAACAUAAAUAGUAAUGUCCCUAAAUGAGGAUAUAACUUGUGGUGUCUAAAAUGAUAUUUUUACCAGACCACCUCA